AUGGAGGCCACGGAGAGGCAGCAUCUGUUGGACUCCAGGCCCGGAGCUCGGUCAUACACGGGAUCUGUAUGGCAGGAUGGGGCUGGCUGGAUCCCUCUGCCCCAGCCUGGCCUGGACUUGCAGGCCAUUGAGCUGGCCACCCAGAGCAACCAUUACUGCCAUGCCCAGAAGGAACCUGGCAGCCACUUCGACCCCAAGAGGGAGCGGGCCCGGCGCCAACUCUAUGUGGCCUCUGCCAUCUGCCUGGUGUUCAUGAUUGGGGAAGUUGUUGGUGGGUACCUGGCACAUAGCUUGGCGAUAAUGACCGAUGCAGCCCACCUGCUCACUGACUUUGCCAGCAUGCUCAUCAGCCUCUUCUCCCUCUGCAUGUCCUCCCGGCCGGCCACCAAGACCAUGAACUUCGGUUGGCAGCGAGCUGAGAUCCUGGGAGCCCUGUUGUCUGUGAUGUCCAUCUGGGUGGUGACCGGGGUGCUGGUAUACCUGGCGGUGGAGCGGCUAGUCUCUGGGAACUAUGAGAUCGAGGGCGGGACCAUGCUGAUCACAUCCGGCUGUGCUGUGGCUGUGAACAUCAUAAUGGGGCUGACCCUUCACCAGUCUGGCCAUGGUCACAGCCACAGCCACGGGCACAGUCAUGACACCAGCAAGCAGCAGGAGAACCCCAGUGUCCGAGCUGCCUUUGUCCACGUGAUUGGGGACUUUCUGCAGAGCUUGGGCGUCCUGGUGGCAGCCUAUAUUUUAUACUUCAAGCCGGAGUACAAGUACGUGGACCCUAUCUGCACCUUCCUCUUCUCCAUCCUGGUCCUGGGGACGACCCUGACCAUCUUGAGAGAUGUGAUCCUGGUGCUGAUGGAAGGGACCCCCAAGGGCAUGGACUUCACGGCUGUGCGGGAUCUGCUGCUGUCGGUGGAGGGGGUGGAAGCCUUGCACAGCCUGCAUAUCUGGGCACUGACCGUGGCCCAGCCCGUGCUGUCUGUCCACAUUGCCAUUGCUCGGAACACAGACGCCCAGGCUGUGCUGAAGGCGGCCCGCACCCGGCUCCAGGGGAGGUUCCAUUUCCACACGAUGACCAUCCAGAUUGAGGACUACUCUGAGGACAUGAAGGACUGUCAGAAGUGCCAAGGCCCCUCAGACUGACUGCUUGGCCAGGCACCAACUGGGGUACGGACAAGACCUGCAGGGGGCAGGGCUGAGUGCCCCCAAGUCCAGCCAGGAUGCCACUACACAGGCUGCUUUAUAAACCUCCUGACCUCUGC